UCUAUACUGUUGGUCUAUCCCGUGCUGCAUCCUGUUUUGUGUAUGCCUUGUGCUCUGUUUGGUGUACGCCUUGUGUCUGCAUCCUGUUUGGUGUAUGCCUUGUGUCUGCAUCCUGUUUGGUGUAUGCCAUGUGUCUGCAUCCUGUUUGGUGUAUGCCUUGUGUCUGCAUCCUGUUUGGUGUAUGCCUUGUGUCUGCAUCCUGUUUGGUGUAUGCCUUGUGUCUGCAUCCUGUUUGGUGUAUGCCUUGUGUCUGCAUCCUGUUUGGUGUAUGCCUUGUGCCUGCAUCCUGUUUGGUGUAUGCCUUGUGCCCGCAUCCUGUUUGGUGUAUGCCUUGUGUCUGCAUCCUGUUUGGUGUAUGCCUUGUGUCUGCAUCCUGUUUGGUGUAUGCCUUGUGUCUGCAUCCUGUUUGGUGUAUGCCUUGUGUCUGCAUCCUGUUUGGUGUAUGCCUUGUGUCUGCAUCCUGUUUGGUGUAUGCCUUGUGUCUGCAUCCUGUUUGGUGUAUGCCUUGUGUCUGCAUCCUGUUUGGUGUAUACCUUGUGUCUGCAUCCUGUUUGGUGUAUGCCUUGUGUCUUCAUCCUGUUUGGUGUAUGCCUUGUGCCUGCAGUACUGUUUGGUGUAUGCCUUGUGCCUGCAUCCUGUUUGGUGUAUGCCUUGUGCCUGCAUUCUUUUUGGCGUAUGCCUUGUGUCAGCAUCCUGUUUGGUGUAUGCCUUGUGUCUGCACCCUGUUUGGUGUUUGCCUUGUGCCUGCAUCCUGUUUGGAGUAUGCCUUAUACCUGCAUCCUGUUUGGUGUAUGCCUUAUAACUGCAUCCUGUUUGGUGUAUGCCUUGUGCCUGCAUCCUGUUUUGUAAAUGCCUUGUGUCUGCAUCCUGUUUGGUGUAUGCCUUGUGUCUGCAUCCUGUUUUAUGUAUGCCUUGUGUCUGUAUCCUGUUUGGUGUAUGCCUUGUGA